CUUGCUGUCAUCUUCAAGUCUAUUCCCUCUUCAAUGCUCUAGCUGUGUUUUGUCUUUAGCAACAUCUCUCAUUUGCAAGUCUGCUGGUCUGAGUUGCUGUACUAUACCCAAUGUCGCUUAACCAGGUCUGGGAAGCAGCUUCUGCACGCCCUUAUAUUCCCCUCGUUGCGAAAGACAGUCAAUUUACCGUUGGCUUCUCUCUUCUGCUGCUCGCUUUCAUUUUCACCGGACUUUUCGGUCUAAACCGGUCACUUUCAAGCAUUGUCUCACUUGGUUUGCCGGCAUCUUUGGCUUUCGGUUUCGGAGCUGUGUAUAUGAUCUGUGCCGUUGGAGUCUACGUUUAAGUGACAUCUCCCUGUACGGUUGUUUGGAGAUUUGAAGACGCAAGCUGUAUCACUAGAACACCACAUACAAUAAAUACCCGGUGUUUACUCCGUACUGCUCCUAUCCUUUUUUCACCCGCAACCAUGACGGACACCGGUCCCAUCUUCACUGCGGUUUCUAGCAACGCAAAUCAACUAUACACUUUAUUACAUUGCAUCAGCUUUGCUCAGAACGCCACGGUACAGAUAACGCCGGAUGGAAUCCGCUUUUCCGUGGAGGAGGGCCGAGUUGUACAAGGGCUUGCGUUCCUGGACAAAGCUCUCUUCACCACAUAUACCUUCCACCCGCCCACUGGCGUCAAUAACGAACAUGACACCUUCAUGGACACAGAACCAGACGGAGCCAAUUACCCUUGCUUCGUCGUCUCACUCUCAGCUCUACUGGAGACUUUAAAAAUCUUUGGCAUAGGCGACUCUUCAUCCGCCAGCACCAGCCGAGCAGCCAGCGUCCAGCCUCCGACCGCCUCAGCCUCCAAUGCAUUCACAGCCCCAGCUCUACUCCUCAACCGCUCAUGCACCUUCCAAUAUCUAACCGACGGCUCCCCCCUAACCGUCACCCUCACCGAAACAGGCGUCAAAACCGUCUGUGAAUUAACAACAUACGAGCCCGACGAAGGCGACCUUGAGAUUCCCUUCCAACGCGAUGGUAUCGUUAUGAAAAUCAUCAUGCGCUCUGCCUGGCUGCACAAUGCAAUCACAGAACUCGGUGCCACGAACCCCAGCAUUCUGAAAAUCAGUGCGUCCGACAAACAGGAACCAUACUUUACCCUCUCCGGCGCAGGAGGCCCAUUUAGCGAAUCGACAGUUGAAUUUUCAAUUGAACAAGACGAAGGCCGAAAGGGUACGACGCACGAUACACACCGCAAAGUUAUGACAAACGACGGAGCCCGACCACGUGCAACGAGAACUAAGCUCGCUCCCACGGUCACAGAGACAUUCCUCAUCAGCCCGCCGUCCUCCAUGGGAUCGCGUCUAAGGCAAGACUUUCGCUUCGCGUAUAUCCAAAAGGCAGCCCGUGCCAUGGCUACAGCGAACAAAGUAAGCAUACGCGGUGAUCGGCAGGGAGUGCUAAGCCUGCAGUUCAUGAUUGAGUUUGAUGCAUCAGGGUCUGCUAUGACGGGGAACAGCGUCGGUAACAGUAUGCGCUCCGGUGCUGUAAGGGGUGUGGACGUAAAUGCACCAGGGUCUACUGUCAGCUUUGUUGAUUUUAGGUUUGUCCCGCUGCUAGAUGAAGAUGAUCUUGGGGGUAAGGCAGUAAGGGAUGAUUUGGAGUGA